AAAAAAAAUAAAAAUUAAAAAAACGGAAAGAUGGGGCAAGCGCCGUCGUCCACGGCGAAAUCAAACGGCCGAGAGAUAGAUCUGAGGCUUAUAACCUCUCCGGUGAUCCUCCCCGGAGGAGGAUCGAUGGAUUCCACGGUUAGAGAUCGUGAUUAUACUGCUUACCUACCCGAUGAAUGCUUAGCUCACGUCUUUCAAUACCUCGGAGCCGGAGAUCGUAAACGCUGCUCCCUCGUCUGCAAACGGUGGCUAUUCGUCGACGGACAGCACCGUAACCGAUUAUCCCUCGACGCUAGAGACGAGAUCUCCUCCCACCUCGCGUCGAUGUUCAACCGAUUCGAUUCGGUUACGAAGCUCGCUCUCCGAUGCGAUCGGAAGUCAACUAGUUUAAGCGACGAGGCGUUGGUGAUGAUCUCCGUUCGUUGCUUGAAUCUGACGCGUGUGAAGCUUCGUGGCUGCCGCGAGAUAACGGAUCUGGGGAUGGUGGAGUUCGCUAAGAAUUGUGGGAAAUUGAAGAAGUUAUCCGUUGGAUCUUGUAAUUUCGGAGCUAAAGGAGUUAACGCGAUGGUUGAGGAGUGUAGGGUUCUUGAGGAGUUGUCUGUGAAGAGACUUCGAGGGAUUCAUGAGGCGCAUGAGUUGAUUUGUUCGUCGUCGUCUUCGCUUAGAUCUGUUUGUUUGAAGGAGCUUGUUAAUGGACAGGUGUUUGAGCCUUUGGUUGCUAAUACUAAAACGUUGAGAACUUUGAAGAUUAUUCGUUGUCUUGGUGAUUGGGAUAAGGUUCUUAAGACUAUUGGUGAUGGAGAUAGCUCUUUGAGUGAGAUUCAUCUCGAGAGGCUUCAAGUUAGUGACUUUGGGCUUUCUUCGGUGUCGAAAUGCUCAAAGGUGGAGACUUUGCAUAUAGUGAAGACGCCGGAGUGUUCUAACUAUGGUUUGAUGGAUGUUGCUGAGAGGUGUAAGAUGCUGAGGAAGCUUCAUAUUGAUGGUUGGAGGACUAAUAGGAUUGGUGAUGAAGGUUUGAUAGCUGUAGCGAAACAUUGUUUGAACUUACAGGAGCUUGUGCUGAUUGGUGUUAACGCGACGCAUUUGAGUUUAGCGGCUAUUGCUUCGAACUGUGAGAAGCUGGAAAGAUUAGCGCUUUGUGGAAGUGGAACUAUUGGGGAUACGGAGAUUGCUUGUAUCGCUAAGAAAUGUGGGGCGUUGAGGAAGUUCUGUAUUAAAGGAUGUGCGGUGUCUGAUGUAGGGAUUGAAGCGCUUGCUGUUGGUUGUCCUAAUUUGGUGAAGUUGAAGGUGAAGAAGUGUAAAGUGGUGACUGGGGAGAUUGGAGAAUGGCUAAGGGAACGAAGGAGGACGCUUGUGGUGUGUAUGGAUGGUGAUGGAAGUGGUGAAGCAACGGUUGCGGUGGAUGGUGAGGUUGAGACAGGUUUGGGGGAGACAAGGGUGGGUGAAGCAGGUGGUGUGGCGGAGAUUGGGUCAGGUAAUGGUGGAGGAGGUAGAUUAGCGAUGAUUAGGUCAAAGUUGGGGUUUCUUGGUGGAAGGAAUUUGGUAACUUGCACAUUCAGGAGAUGGUCUCAGAAUGAUAAUGGUACUAGUUCUACUUGA